CUCACGUCGGCAACAAGAACCUCCCAAGCAAAUUCUUCACUUUUGGUGUUUUGUUCUAAAUCCCUUCUCAAGAAUCAUGUCCAUAAAUAGGGGCCAAAGUUAUAAAGGAAGUCAAAGGGGUUGUCCAUGGCUUGAUUUUCCACAAAUUGGUUCAAAAUCCACAUUGUUAGCAUGGAAAAGGAAACUGAAGAAACUGAAAAAGAAAGAGUUCUACUUGCCAAAUGAAAUAGAUUGGUCUCAUCUCACCAAGGUAUUCAUCCAAGAUGGAGUAAGGAUUACAUGUGAUGCUUGGAGGAGACUUUUCCGAUUGCAAGAACCGGUAUACCAGGAAUUAUGUUGGGAGUUUUAUUCUACUAUCAAGUUCCGUGGGAGUGAAGACUAUUUUGAUACAAAUGUUCUUACUUUCAUGCUUGGGGGUGAGUUCUGGGAAUGCAGUGUGGUAAAACUAGCAUGGCGAAUGGAUUUGUAUGAGCAAAAUGUGGCAAUGACAGAAGCCUUUGGAAUUUUUAUGGAAGCAUGUCACAAAGAUUUACCAAAUAUUGAGGAUGCAUCAAGGUGGUGGAGCACAAUUGGCAAUGAAGUUUAUAUUCCAUCUGCGGCACAAGAAGCGAGCAUCCGAUCACCGGUCCAUCUUUACUUCGGUCCUUAUCUGCUCCAUUGAGCUUCCGAAUUUGCCCCGCUACAAAUUCGUCCUUAAAAUAUCAUCCAAAAACAUUAUAAGUAUCAUUUAUUUUUAAAUAUAUUAAAACAUGGGUUAAAGUAUUAAGAUACUACACAAAAGAUAUAUAUAAAAAUAGCAAAAUCAUGUAACAUACCACAGUCAUGAAGAGGUCGAC